AUGUUUAUUAAUAGAGACAACAAAAUUAAGACUGAGUUUAUGAAAACUUUGGAAUUCAACGACUCUCGAAUAUUUCCAUCAGUUGAACAUAAGAGACUGCCUGUAAAUGCUUUAGCAUUGAUUAUUACACGACAGGAAUCAAUGAUUGAAACAAGGCAAAUCUCGGGUAAUAUUACUGAUACCCUAGACAUGGAUACAUUUAUCACUAUAAUAUUAGCUAUGCCACUAUAUAUCUUUCUUAUCAUUAUAAUCAGUAUACCACUUAUUAGAUGGAGAAUAAUCUUUGCUGUCUCUUAA